AUGUCGCAGUCACAAAGAGGCUCGCCUGCCAUCGCGGAUGCUUCUGCUUCUGCUUCCAAGGUCAAGGCUCAGCAAACGCACAAGGCGCAACAAAACGACAGGGCGCUCAGCAACCGUGCCAAGGCGCAGCAAAACAAGGAGCGCGCUGCUGCACAGGCUCGAGCUCGAAACGCUCCAAACGUCGCUGCUGCUGCUCAAGACAAGUCUGGACCAGUUGCGUCCACUACGCAAGGUCGACGUUCGAAGCCUCCGACUCUAGCACCGCCUUCGCAGGCUGGCGCCAAGCAGUCGACGAAACAAGCCACAAAAGAGGCGCCGAAAGCGAAAGCGAAGGUGCAGCCUCCUCGUCAGACAAAGGCUACACCGCAGUUCAAGAGCAAGGUGGUCAUCCGACGAUUGCCACCAAACCUGCCUGCACACGUGUUUUGGAAAGCUGUCUCGCCAUGGAUUCGUGAUUCAGCCGAUUGUCAAGCACUCACCACGACAGCACAGACGUCGUCUGCACCAGCACAACCAGGCGCAGAAACGUCUGAGGCUCACACUUCGGAUUCACGCUCGGCUGCGACCUCAUCAGCUUCGACCAGCCCCACACCCACGGUCGACUACAAGCAAUUCGUUGCGGGUAAGCUCAAGACCGACACGAACAAGCAAAACAAACACGCACGCGCAUACGUGCGCUUCCUGGAUGCGCAAAUGCUUGUCCAAUUCUACAAGGCUUUCGACGGCCACAUUUUCCGCGACAGCAGAGGCAACGAGUCGAUCGCGAUUGUCGAGUUCGCUCCUUACCAAAAAGUGGUUGUCUCCACUCCUCGCACUGGCACACGUGGCGGACCUCGAGCCGCCAAACUCGACGCCCAGCAAGGCACAAUCGACAAGGAUGCCGACUACCAAUGCUUCCUCGAACGGCUUAGCAAGGCUGAUGACCAAGUCCAACGGUCUGAAGGCGAGCUGCUCGCCUCGCUGCUCGAUUCCAAGGGCAAGGAAAAAGAAACCGAGGCAAGACGGCUCGCAGGAAAAGUGACCCCGCUAUUGCUGCAUUUGCGCGAGCAAAAAAUGGCGCAGUCGGACGCGUCAACCAGAUACGCCGACAAGAUGCAGAAAGCUGCUGACAAGCCAACAAUCGUGACGGCGGCGCGAAGCGCAGGUGUUGGUGUCACAGGUGGACCUAGCGUUGCUGCUGUCGGUGCCGAGGACAAGGUCAGAGCCAAGACAAGUACAAAGGACAAGAAGGACACGAAGGACAAGUUGGACAAGAAGGACACGAAAGACACAAAAGACAAGAGGGACAAGAAGGACAAGGCAAAGGCGGUCGCUCCUGCUUCCGAGGAGCAAGCCAAGCUGCAAGAAGCAGAGAAAGACAAGUCGAGCAGGAAGGAGACACGUAAAAAACGGACAGGUAAGCGGGCGGUCGACGCCGACGGCGCUGCUACACCAAGCCGUGCUCAAGCGGCGCACGUCGCGACGCGGAAAGCAGCGACUUGCAAGACUGCUACCAAGAACCGCGAUACCAGUGCUUCUACCAGCGCCCAUGUUGCCGAACCACUCGCGCACGUCGACACAGCCAAACCGAACACCCGACCGCCACGACGAAAAGCUCCGCCCAAGAACACACACAAGUCUUCAACCGGUCCGCCAUCCAGCCCAGCGGCAGCAUCAUCCUCCAAGCUGCACAUCCUCUAG